AUGCGGUCCCUGCAGCAGCAGCAGCAGCAGCAGCUUCUCGCCCCCCUGCCCUGGCUCCUGCUCCUGCUCCUGCCCCAGUCCCUGCCCCCGCCCGCUUUGGCCCAGCCCCAGCCCAGCCCCCUCUCCCCCCAAGGCAGUGCCCUGCUCCAGGCCCUGGGGCUGCGGCCGCCCCCGGGACCCCCUCCCACCCGGCCCGUCCCCCCAGUCAUGUGGCGGCUUUUCCGAAGGGCCCCCCAGGCCGCAGAGAGCCACGGGGCCGGGGGCGAAGGGCCAGAGGUGCCCCAGGAGCCCGAGCCCCUGCCCUGCCACGUGAAGGAGCUGGGCGUCCCCGGGAACAUCGUCCGGCACGUCCUCGAUGGCGGAGCCGCUGCCCCACUGGAGCCAGCCCUGGGCUCCCUGUGCCUGGAGAAGCCUCUUUUCUUCAACCUCUCCUUCCUAGAGCCUAGGGAGCAGCUGACGCUGGUCCGCCUGGAACUGAACUUCGGCGCCCCCAGAGCCCUCGCCGCUGGCCAAGGCUGGGAGCUGAGUCUGUUCCAGGGCCACGGCUCGCAGCUGUGGGGGCGGCCCCUGCUGAGCCGGCCGGUGCCCGCGCUGCGUGAGCCGCUGCACUUCGAGCUGCUGGGCUUGGGCCCCUUGGGGAAUGCCAGCGUCCCCCAGAACCUGAGCUUGGUGCUGGAGCUCUCGCCUGCGGGCGGAGACAGCGGCUUGCCUCGAGGCUUGUGUGCCGAGCUGGGGCAGUCCCUGGAGGCCUCCCUGCUGGUGGUGACCCUGGAGCCCCAGCUCUGCCGGCCCCCCCUCAGGAAGCGCCGGGCCACCCACCUGGCCCCUCCGGAAGGCCUGGACCCUCCCUGCAAGGCUAGACAGCUCUACAUCAACUUCCGGGAUGUGGGCUGGCACAACUGGAUCAUCGCCCCGCGAGGCUUCAUGGCCAACUACUGCCAAGGGCACUGCUUCUUCCCCGCCGCCACCAAGAUGUCCAGCUUCAACCACGCCGUCAUGCAGUCCCUGAUGCACUCGGUGGCCCCGACCGCGACGCCCCCGCCGUGCUGCGUGCCCGUCAAACUCUCGCCCAUCUCCGUGCUCUUCUACGACAACAGCGACAACGUGGUGCUGCGGCACUACGAGGACAUGGUGGUGGACGAGUGCGGGUGCCGGUGAGCGGAGCCGGCCCUUCCUGCCUGCCUGUCCCCGCGUGUCCCCGCCCCGGAACCCUGACUAAUAAAACUGCUGGGUUGGUUCGGC